ACACACGCAGACACAGUCUCACAUGGACACAGAUACACACACACACACACACCUGUCCAGACAACCGCAGAAAACUCCAGCGCCCAAAAAAAGGACUUCUUUUGAACAGCUCCUCUCAUUUGAACAUUUUGUAGACCAGCGUAGCCACGAUGUGUUGUUCAAGCUUACUGAAGAUCCUCAUGUUCAUCGUGAACGGCGCCAUCUUUCUGGUGGGCGCCGGCCUGCUGGGCAUGGGCAUCUGGGUGACGGUGGACUCGGCCUCCAUGCUGGGCUUCCUGGACCACAUCGAGGACGCGCCGGCCGGGCUGAAGCAGCUGGGCAACGUGGGCUACCUGCUCAUCGGCCUCGGAGUCGGCCUCACGCUCAUCGGCUUCCUGGGAUGCUGCGGCGCCGUGAAGGAGAGCCGCUGUAUGCUGCUCACCUUCUUCAUCAUCGUGCUCAUCAUCUUCAUCGCUGAAGUGGCCGGAGCCAUAGUGCUCUUUCUGUUCCAGCCGCUGGUGGGGGAACUUCUUCGGGAUAUUGGAGGGAAGGUAGCUGACAGCAUUCAGACAAGCUACGGGGAGAAAGAAGGCCUCUCAACCUUCUGGAACACCACCAUGGAUGAGUUGAAGUGCUGUGGAUACAACAACUACACUGACUUCACAGACUCUCCAUACAACACUGCCUACACACUCUAUCCACCGGAGUGCUGUAAGCAGGAUGUGAGGUGUACAUUUGCUAAUGCCCAUUCAGCCAACAUGACUGGCUGCUUUGACGCACUUGUGAUCCUGAUAGAGGACAAUGCAGGAAUCGUUGGAGGUGUGGCUCUGGGCAUCGGUGCAGUGGAGGUCUUUGCCAUGAUUUUCGCCAUGGUUUUGUACAAGAAAGCAGGCAAAUAGCAUCGCCAGCCAUUUCAAGAUCUGCCAGAUUCAGCCAAUUGGAAUCGUCUGCGUUUGGCCUGACAGCCAAUCGUUUUUUUUUUGUUUGUUUUUUUGUUUUUUUUUCGAAAGUGCACCCUGAGCACACAGAAGACACCCAAUCACAUUAUACCCACACUGUCUGUCACCAUAGAGAAUGGCCAACGGGGAUGUUAACCCUUCAGCAGGGGAGUUUUGAACAUUCUAGCAAAAUAGUAUGUUCCGCAACAGUGGAAGGUUCUAAAAUUCCAUGUUGAAUUCAAUGAACCCAGACAUUCUUUAGAACAUUCAUUUUCCAACAUUCCGGCUGAAGUAAACUCCCAGUAAGCAGUAAUCCUCCCAAUAAAAGAUCACUGUGCCUUCAUUGUCUUAGCAAAAUAAAUCUACAGGAUUGCUCCAUUAGGAGGUUUACCACCUACAAUGGGUUAAUUUACACUGGUCUGUCACUAAACCACUGUAGUUGGCCACUCUCGACCUUUCACCUCACAUUCACAAUGAGCCACCUGCACACCCCCACUGUCUGCCCCAAUGGCAAAGCACACGUCCUCAUUUUAACACUUGAUCUUGUGGUACAUUAUUUUAUGUUUGUUUAUGCAUUUUGUAUGUUUGUAAAUCAGAUUGAUUUAAUAAUAAUCUCUGUAGUCGUGUCCUGACAUAAUGGAUUUGGGUCACUGGUUCAAACGGAAUGCUCUGCUUGUCAUAGCACAGAGCUAUGAUGUUUGACUUGCAUCACGGAAAUGGUUUCAUUCUCCAAUAUAGCAAAUCAGUCAUAGGUCUCUUCUUUUUAUCUUUUCCAGAUGUAUCACAACAACAACAAAACAGAUUGAAAUCUAAUCUGAUAUGAUAGCCCACGUCAUCCCACAUAAGGGCCAGACCAGAUCAGAGCCACAUCAGGGCCAGAUUAGAGCUACAUCAGGGCCAGAUCAGAAUCAGGGCCAGACAGAGCCACAUCAAGGCCAGAUCAGAAUCAGGGCCAGACAGAGCCACACCAGGGCCAGAUCAGAAUCAGGACUAGAUCAGUGCCAGAUUAGAGCCACACACCAGGGCCAGAUCAGUGCCAGAUUAGAGCCACAUCCGGGCCAGAUCAGAGCUACAUCCGGGCCAGAUCAAAGCCACAUCCGGGCCACAUCAGGGCCAGUGUCAGUCAGUACGGACCACACACUCCUCUUCAUCAUAUGUCAAUGGAACAGCACACUGUGAAACACCUGUCACUGCACCGUGGAUUGAAGAAUUGGAAGCAAUAAUUUUAAUUAUUUUCCAUCCAUAUGUGUUAAAUUAAUAAAUCGUCUUGAAAGACA